AUGGCUUCUCAGGCUUCUGAGAUAUCAGCCUCAGGGACUAACAACGCUUCUAUAGGCUCGUUUGCAUCGAAACUUUCAUGGAAUUUCAAUGCCUUUUUCUACAUAGAUUAUCCCGAAAAACAUCUCCAAGCUGAGCUUGGCCCGAAGCGCAGAAAGACCAAGGGACACCGUGCUUACGUUUGUCUUCACUGUCAGAAUCCUCCAUGGUCAAAUCGAGUGCCUGGCAACGCUAUACACCAUGCAGAAACGGCUCACCGAGCCCUUAUAAGAGCAAGCGAGGCUGCUAAUGAUACUCCUAGUACAUUUGCCUCGGGUGUUUUGUCUGGCGCUAUCGAUUCGUAUAUAGUCUCUCGUCCUUCGCAGGCUGCUCUCCGCAACUGUUUUGCCAUGUGA